CCAUAUCUUGGAUCCCUCUCCCCACAUUAAAGAAACACGUUCCAAAUUUUAAGACCAUCUUUCUCUUUCUCUCUCAUACUCUUUGUUUUCUCCAUGAGAUGAGAGAGAGAAGUACAAGUAAUAAAUCAUCUGCACCACCACUACCAGCCUUCUUCGUCUUCCAUCUCUUAGCUUCACUCAUUUUCAUGGCACUCCUCACUUUCCUACCUGCAGACCCUAAUAAUAAUAAUUCCAAUUCCCACGAUUCCAAAUCCAAGAAAAGCAAGAAAAAGCAGCAGCAAACCAAACAGAAACAGCCCUCUUCAUCUUCAUGGGACCAAAUCAAGAAUCUCCUCACUUGCAAACAGGUUCAAGACUCCAAAAUCCACGACCCCUCCAAAACACACACCUUAUUCCACUCCUCAUCCUGCAGUAGCAUUUGUACCUUCAGGGACGUCGUCCAUGCCAACACCAGGGUCGUACACCGCUCUGCCGAUAACUCCCCCGAGGGCAGCACCGUCGGCCAGGAUACCAACCGGCUUCUUACCAAGAAAACUACCCACGCCUCCUCCUCUUCUCGUUCCAUUCAUUCCAGCUCCAGCGUCAGAUCAACUGCCGGCGCCGGACGCGGCAUGCAGUUGAGGAAGCUCUCCGGGUGUUACGAGUGUCACGCCAUUGUCGAUCCUGCUAGAGAUGGAACCGGGUGCAGGUAUCCAUUGGGAAGGAGCAGUAUAUGUGCUUGUCCUGAAUGCGGAGAGGUUUUCCCCAAAAUUGAGAGCUUGGAGCAUCAUCAAGCUAUUAGGCAUGCAGUGUCUGAGCUAGGCCCAGAGGACUCAAGCCGCAACAUUGUAGAGAUAAUCUUCAAGUCAAGCUGGCUCAAAAAGGACAAUCCAAUAUGCAAGAUCGAACGGAUACUAAAGGUCCACAACACCCGACGCACAAUCCAACGCUUUGAAGACUACCGCGACGCAGUGAAGAUACGGGCCAACUCUAGCGCCAAGAGAAACGCCAGGUGCGCCGCCGACGGGAACGAGCUCCUCAGAUUCCACGCGGCCACUCUCACGUGCUCCCUCGGCGCCCGCGGCUCGUCCAGCUUGUGCGGCUCGAUACCGGCUUGCGGAGUCUGCACUAUCAUCCGACAUGGGUUCCAGGGCAGCAAGAUCAGCGGGGUCCGCACCACAGCGAGCAGCGGACGCGCCCACGACUGCCUAGGCGGCUCGGGCACACGCAGAGCCAUGCUGGUGUGUCGUGUGAUCGCGGGAAGGGUGAAGCGCGUGGCGGAGGAUUCGGCGGCUGAUGAGGAUGGAAACGCGGCUCCGGCUGCUGGCUCGUACGACUCUUUAGCCAGCUAUGCCGGGGUCUACUCGAAUCUAGAGGAGUUGUAUGUAUUCAGUUCAAGGGCAAUUUUGCCUUGUUUUGUGGUGAUUUACAAAGCGCUUGAAUCUUAGACAUUACUAUUUUAUC